AUGAUUUUUUUGUUGCUUUCUUACCUAGAAUGGAGUAAAUAAAUGUGUAGUUAGGACAUUCUGUGCUGAAAUAUUGGUUUCUUAAUCCACUUGGCCUCUUAAAAAGGACAUAAAAAUGGUAGAGCCAGAAGGAAAAUGAAUAGUUAAUCGUGGAGGAGGAGAAAACCCAGCUCAAUACUUUGACUAGAGGCAGCUGGGGAAGUGACGUCCUGUAGCAUUUGCUGUUCUAGAAAGUACAGAGACACGUAGUGAAAAUGGGAGGAUCUAGAAGGAGGCCGUCUCCUGUGUAGUGUAUAUUUAUCUGUAAGUGAGCUGGUGGGGAAGGAAUUAAAUACAGAGACACUGUCUGCGUGCUGCCUUAAGACAGCAAAGCUGAAUUGCUGAUUUGCUUUAACUUUUAAAAUACCCAGCUUGGUUUAUUUUUCUUAGAAUCAUUGUAUUGCUAAGACUGGGGACGCUGUUUUCUUUCACAAAGGGAAUCUAAGUUCAUUUCAAGGCAUUCGAAAUGGGGAAAGACUAUUAUUGCAUUUUGGGAAUUGAAAAAGGAGCUUCAGAUGAAGAUAUUAAAAAGGCUUACCGAAAACAAGCCCUCAGAUUUCAUCCGGACAAGAACAAAUCUCCUCAGGCAGAGGAAAAAUUUAAAGAGGUCGCAGAAGCUUAUGAAGUAUUGAGUGAUCCUAAAAAGAGAGAAAUAUAUGAUCAGUUUGGGGAGGAAGGGUUGAAAGGAGGGGCAGGAGGUACUGAUGGACAAGGAGGUACCUUCCGGUACACCUUUCAUGGCGAUCCUCAUGCCACAUUUGCAGCAUUUUUCGGAGGUUCCAACCCCUUUGAAAUUUUCUUUGGAAGACGGAUGGGUGGUGGUAGAGAUUCUGAUGAAAUGGAAGUAGAUGGAGAUCCUUUUAGCGCCUUUGGAUUCAGCAUGAAUGGAUAUCCAAGAGACAGGAAUUCUGUGGGACCAUCCCGCCUCAAACAAGAUCCUCCAGUUAUUCAUGAACUUAGAGUAUCACUUGAAGAAAUAUAUAGUGGUUGUACCAAACGGAUGAAAAUUUCUCGAAAAAGGUUAAACCCUGAUGGAAGGAGUUAUCGAACUGAGGACAAAAUUCUUACCAUCGAGAUAAAAAAAGGGUGGAAAGAAGGUACCAAAAUUACUUUUCCAAGGGAAGGAGAUGAAACACCAACUAGUAUUCCAGCAGACAUUGUUUUUGUCAUUAAAGAUAAAGAUCACCCCAAAUUCAAAAGGGAUGGAUCAAAUAUAAUUUAUACUGCUAGAAUUAGUUUACGAGAGGCAUUGUGUGGCUGCUCAUUUAAUGUGCCAACAAUGGAUGGAAGAACCAUACCUAUGACAAUAAAUGAUAUUGUGAAACCUGGAAUGAGGCGAAGAAUUAUCGGAUAUGGGCUACCGUUUCCAAAAAAUCCUGAGCAACGUGGUGACCUUCUAAUAGAAUUUGAGGUGUCCUUCCCAGAUACUAUAUCCUCAUCAUCCAAAGAAGUACUUAGGAAACAUCUUCCUGCCUCAUAGAAUGAAAAACUUUGUUACCCAUAUUUUGAUAAGGCACUGAAAAUAUAAAAGAACUGGCCAUUUACUGAUGUAGAUGUGAAUUCUGUAUAAAGACAUGUAAAUUAUUUCGAGGGUUCAUUAAAUUGCAUGAAUAGACGGGUCAAAUAAAAAGGCAAAAGGGAUUUUUACAGUUAGAGAAGAAGAGAAAACCAUUCACUGUAUUUUAUUUCAUUUCUCCCAAAUCAGAAAAUUUUAGUAUUUUGCUUACAUAUAAAACUUGUUUCUGUGGAGUUAGUAGAUAUAUUUCUAAUAAAGUACUAGGAUAUCCAAGUACUUUAUUUCUUAUAUCUUUACAUUAUCAGUAUGAUAGGUUCUCAUUUAUGAUGGAAAUUUAAAUUCUUAACAAAACUAUACAUGUGAUAGGUAUUUCUAGAAAGUAAAAACCCAAGUCACUUGGAAAUCUAGUUAACUAGAUUAAAGUCACCAUAUGAAAUGCUGCUAUAGGGCUGGUACCCAUAAAAGAAUAUCCUAAUACAUAUGUUUCACCAUUUUGAUUUUUAAAGUAUGUUGUAGCAUUUCUUAAUAACAUAGUUGUAAUGUUCUUAAGGCAGACAUUUUCUUCAUAAAAAGGAUAUUAAUGGCAAUUUAUCUCCUGUGGAAAUCCCAAUUGGCCUGAAUUACUGAUAUUUUAGAAAUAGGUUGUUUUUAAAAUGCCAUAUAUAAUUUUAUGCAAGUUGACUAUAUAUCUUGGACUUAAUAAAUUAUAGGUACAUUUUAUUGUCCACUAGUUAAAAAUAAUGUUUGAUAAUAAAUGUGUUUUUAGAGGAAAUAUUGCUACUUGGAAUUAAUUUUCCAAUUACACAGCCUUCUAUAACUUACUCAUAAUAUGCUAUAUGUACCAUAUGCAAUUUCCCUAAAAAGAAUAAACUACCACUAUGGUGUUAAACCAAAAUAUGGGGAAAAUAAACACUAACUGCUGCUUAUGAAUGAUGUUGCUACUACUUGUUAUGCAUAUAAAUAUUUUACUUUUUCAUAUGUA